AUGAAAUUGUUAAUUAUUAGUAUAGUUUUAUUUAGUUUAUCAGAAAUAUGUUUAUCACUUCAAUUGUAUGCCAACGAAAAUAUUGAUGUUACCACUGAUGAUAUUAAGCGAUUGAGAAGACAGUUGUUUAUUACCCAGGCCUACGACAAGUUUGCCCGACCCAUACCUAAAAACGAUUCAUAUAAAGUUUCUGUUGAUUAUAAUUUAAUACAUAUUACUAAUUUUGAUUUAAGAGCACAGACAUUAACUACUGAGGGAUGGCUAUUCAUGCAAUGGCAUGAUGAAGGAUUGGUAUGGCAGGGACAACAGGAGUUCAAGAAAAUACAUAACAUACGAGUGCCGGCCGAUCAGUUAUAUACACCCGAUAUGAUGGCCUAUAAUUCA